GGGAGGAGCUUGUGUGCCCUCUUUAAGCUGCUGACUAUAAAUACAUUACUGAGAAAACCAGUUUUCGUGUUUCACUAUCUCGAAUUAGUAGCCAGAUAAUUUUCUAAAAGAUGUGGAAAUUCGUGGUGGGGUUCCAGCCCCAUCACAAAUUGCCCCGUGGCUGGGUGGAGGUGUUGAAGAACAUCUUUAAACCUUUCAUUCAAAGCCAACGGCAGCAACCUGCAAGAACUGCGAAUCAAGUUGCCAACCUAACAAAGGUCAUCCCUAAUAAAAACCAUCUGGUCAAUGAGGUCAAAAGGUAUUUCGGCCAGAAAGUUCUGAACUCACCGACGUUUUAUCGUGGUGAUACUUUGGCAGGCAGGGCACUCAAAAAGUACAGUGGUUUCUCUUUCAAGUCCCCUACUAAAUUUAGUGUAAAAUGGACUGGCCGACUGUUGAGAUUUGGGUUUGUUGGUUUCGUGGUGGCCAGCAAGGAUGAGAUAAACAUUUCGUUGUCCGAUGAUUCAUCAUGGGAUUAUAACUUUCCUGUUAGUGAGUUCAGUAGCAAAAGUUAUUUGCUGACAAUGGCCUUUGAUAAGAUCGCACUUGACUUUCAAGAUCAGACUGCGAACUUUGUCAACAGACACGACGACAACGGUGGUGAUUGUGAUGUCGGAAUUGAUGAUGAUGAUGAUAAUAAUAAUAAUAAUAAUGAUAACCCCACCCACUUGGCUAUCAAUCAUAAAAUGAUUGGGGAUGUUGGUGAUAGAGAUAGUGAGAGCGACGACAUUGUCGGUGAUGAUAAUGAUGUUAAUAAUAAUAAUAAUAAUGACGUCAUCAACAGCAAGAACAACAAUAAUAACAAUAACAAUAGUGAUGACAACAUCAUCAUCAAUGGUGAUAAUGAUGUUAAGGUUAAUAAUAGUUCUUCUUGUGUCAUUGUUUACAAGACGGGAAGAAAAGUCCAUAGCUGUGAUGGUAAUAAUAAUAAUAAUAUUGUUAACUUUAAUAAUUUUCAUAGUAACUUUCUGAAAGCUUAUAACAGUAAUAAUAAUAAUAAUAAUAAUAAUAAUAAUAAUAAUACUGCUACUGACAAUGUUAUCAUGAAGAAGUUGUACGAUUGGCUGGCUUUCAACCAAUCAAAGGAUUUGUUCAAUUCAAAAAUUUUUGGUGGAAAUAAUAAUAAUAAUAAUGUUUAUAAUGAUGAUGAUGAUAGCUUUGAGAUCGUUUCGAAUCCAGGUGAUGGUGAUGAUGAUGAUGAAAAUGUUAACAACAACAACAAUAAUAAUGAUGAGGAAGAAGAAGAAGAUGAUGAUGGUGGGGGUUAUGAUAAUGAUAGUCCUCUGGUGAAGAUGCUUGACAAAUUGCUAGAAAGGUGCAAAGCCCUUCAGCUUGAGAAUCAGCGUCUGAGGGAUGAGAAGGAAGUUCGUAAGAGGAAUGAUUUGGCUCUGAAUGCUGAACUGAGGGAGGCUCUAAAGGAGUUUGAUAAAUUUCAUUUUUCUGACAACAACAACAUCAACAGCGUCAUCAACAACAACGUCAUCAACAACAACAUCAACAACAACAACUAA